AUGGACAUCACAGGCUUUGCCUUGGUUGUUGGCGGAGGAAGUGGUAUCGGUCGGGAAUGUGCCCUUGCCUUCGCCGAGGAGGGCGCCUCGGGCCUCAUCGUGGCCGACCUCGACUUGCCGUCGGCGACCAAAGUGGCCGCCGAGGCCAACGCCCUCGCCGCCGCGAGAACCCCAGGCUUCAGAGCUACCCCUCUUAAAGUCGAUGUCACCAGUGAGGACUCGGUCAACCGACUUAUGGCUUGUGUCAGAGCCAUCUCGGGGCGGCUGGAUUACUGCGUCAACUGCGCGGGCAUCGGCGUUGAGAGGGCGGCUCCCAUCGCCGAGGCGAGCUUGGCAGAGUUCAACCGUUUUCUUGACGUGAAUGUCUCGGGAACGUUUUUGGUGACUCGCGCGGCGUCUUCGAUGAUGGCAGCUCAGGAAUCAAUUAGGAACUCGCCAUCGCCGGUCCGUGGCGCGAUCGUCAAUAUGGGAUCUGCGGCGUCGUUCGUCUCUACGCCGCAGAUGGUGCAGUACACCACGUCCAAGCACGCCAUCCUUGGCUUGACUAAGAAUGCUGCUUUGGAUAAUGCGGCGUUGGGUAUCAGAGUUAACUGCAUCUGCGCGUCUUGGGUCGACACACCGAUGGUUCGCAAGGCGAUUGAUCAAGUCCCCGAUCUCGAGAAACUUAUCCAGUCGGCGGUUCCCAUGGGACGGAUGGCGCAUACCAAAGAAAUUGCCGACUCGGUCAUGUUUCUAUGCAGCCAGCGAUCUAGCUACAUCACAGGCUGCGGGCUUAUUGUGGAUGGGGGAACUACGUUGACAAUCAAGGGCUACAUCACCGAUGGCUUCCCAGCUGCCGGGCUGCCUCGAAUCCAGCGCCACAUCACAGGCCACGACACCGAAGGCAAGUCUGUGUUUUUGGUGACCGACUGUGGCUCUCACCAUCGCAAUAUGGGUGACAACCAGGCUGUGGCAAACAUCUUGUACUCAACCAAAGAGACACCCAUUGAGUGUAAUGGCGAUGCCGACAUCAAGUUCGCUCAAGAGACCGAGGCAAGUUAUACCUCAUACACUUCUAUGCAUUGCAUAUGGCCUAAUAUUAGCAGCCUCCACUCCAUUAUCCCAAUGGCUCUGUCGUCCUCUCCACUUCAUCGAGCCAUCUCGGUCGACUAUGGUGUUGUAAUCGAAGGGGUGUUUGAGCUAACCCUUGACUCUGGAGAGUCACGCAUCAUGCGUCCGGGGGAUGUCAGCAUUCAGCGAGCUACCUCGCAUAAAUGGAAGAACAUCACAGGAAACGGCACGUUGCCUGGUAGAAUGCUUUGGGUACUUCUUCCAUGCAAUGACAUAGUCGUUGGUGGGAAGAAGGUGGAGGGAUUCUUGGGGCAUCUGGCAAAGGAAUAUGAAAGGGGUUGA